UGAAGUUUGCUCUAUAAAUAAAGCUUCGGAUUCUUAACUAGUCUCUCACAAUACAUACAACUACAACUUGGGAUUUGAGAAUGGGAUCUCCUGUGAGAAUAGCUGUGCUACGAUGGUCGGACACAAUAGCAGACUAUGGACUAUUUAUGCUGAUGACAUACUUGACAGAGGCUUGGAGCUUCAACUUCAGGCAUGCUGCGGCCAUUGUCAAUGUCUUUUGGGGCUUCAUUGCCAUACUUCCCAUCGGAGUUAGAUUUCUCCAAAAUACUAAACAAAUUCAUGACCGUUGGGUGCUUUUCAUUUGCAGUUCAGCCUAUAUUCUUGGAUUAGGGCUCUUGACAUUCUCAAGCCCAAAUUCCGAAUCUGGAAAAAUGGAUAGUUGGGAUGCAAAGUAUGCAAAAUAUGGAGUGAAGCAAGAGACGUUGUUGUAUGCCUCAUUACCUCUGAUUGUUGUGGCUAAAUCUGGUUAUGAUGUCUCAUUAGAACAACUCAUCACUGACGAAAUAAAAAUAGGUGGCAUAUCUGAUAAAAUCAUCCACUUUUCCUCGAGCAUUGGAUCUUCUUUUCUCGUAAAUAUAGUUGGAUUUGCCAUGGCUAACAUAAUGAAGGAAUGGUUAACAAGGUUUGGAACCCCAGCAUUGUGCAUGGUAUUGGCAACACUAAUUUUCUUAACAGGCUUUCGUUCAUAUGGUCGAGAAACCACAAAAGAAGAUCUCUUCACCAAGCUCUAUAAUGGAAUCCAUAAGCCAAUCACUAAAAUUAUUAAACUCAUAAAUGCCAUAUGGAAUUUCUUCAUUAUGAUUGCUUUGAGCCCUUUGCGGUUAUGUUGUUGCUGUUUUUUCAAAAAAGAAGAGAAAACUCAAGAACAAACUCCAUCAGAACAAAAAAAUGAUGAUACAAUAAUGACGGUAGAAGAAACCAAAUUCAUCAUAUCAUUAUUUCCAAUAUGCUUGUUAGGGUUGGUAUCUUCCUUGGGAAAUACUUAUUUUCUUGAGCAAGCAUACUCUAUGGAUCGCAAAAUCAUAGGAAGUUUAAAGGUUCCUCUAGCCCUACUCCUAAGUGUCUACAAAAUUGGCAACUAUUUGUUCCCAAAACUCUAUUUCGACAUUGUAGAUUCUUGGAUUCCUUCUGGCUGCACGAGUUUAAAAAAGGCGCUCAACCGCAUUGGAAUGGCGCUAUCGUUGCUAUACGCCUUGCUAUGUUGUGUCAUUGCCGCUGAAGUUGAGAGUAAGAGAAUUGGCAUCAUCAACAAACGUGAUCAUGCAAUAGACAUCAACCAACCAGCUGAGAUGAAUCUACUUUACCUUGUUCCACAAUUUUUUCUUCUUGGAGGGUUUUUUGGGAUGGCAUAUGAAAGCAUUGAGAGGUUCUUUAAGGAUCACCAAACACCAACUAGACUCCAACCAUACAUGGUUGAUUCAGCAGUUGGUGUGUUUGGAUUAGGGAACAUUGGAAGUGUCUUAUUAGUCUAUUUAGUAUCAAAGUGUACGUGGACAAAAGAAGGUAGAAGUUGGUUUAAUGAAAGUAUAAACACUAGUCGUUUGGAUAAGUAUUAUUGGCUUCUAAGUGUGUGGAUAGCAAUCAAUAUAGUUUGGUACUUACUUGUAUCUCUUCUAUAUCGUCCUAAAGAGAAAAAUACAUCGUCAUUGGAUGAGGAGGGAGAAGAAAAACUUCCCAAUUGUUGUUGUUGUUGCUGUUGUUGUUGGUUCUGCUCGGACUCCGGUGGUGAUCCAAAGCAAGAAUCAUAUAAGCCAGGUCAUUUUGAAGUAUAGUUUGGUGUUGAAUCAUAUAAGUCUUUGGUUGUAUGUUUUUAUUGUGUUUAUGUAUGAGUGUUGCUAAUAUUGAUUUUAUUACUAGUUUAGCUUUGUAAAUUAGAUUAUUAAUAUAUAAGCUUUUGUUAAUUAGCCAAAAA